GGGGUCCGCCGCGGGAGUUGGGCCUGGCCGGGCGGCCACGGCUGCGGCCAUGCUGCAGCUGCGGGACUCGGUGGACUCGGCGGGCACGAGCCCCACGGCCGUGCUGGCGGCCGGCAGCCCAGGCGGGGCGCGGCCCGGGGCGGGCACGCCGCUGCGCCAGACGCUGUGGCCGCUCAGCGUGCACGACCCCACGCGUCGCGCCCGCGUCAAGGAGUACUUCGUGUUCCGGCCUGGCACCAUCGAGCAGGCCGUGGAGGAGAUCCGCGUGGUGGUCCGGCCCGUGGAGGACGGCGACAUCCAGGGCGUUUGGCUGCUGGCCGAGGUGGACCACUGGAACAACGAGAAGGAGCGGCUGGUGCUGGUCACUGACCAGUCGCUGCUCAUCUGUAAGUACGACUUCAUCAGCCUGCAGUGCCAGCAGGUGGUGAGGGUGGCCCUGAGCGCAGUGGACACCAUCUCCUAUGGGGAGUUCCAGUUCCCCCCCAAGUCCCUCAACAAGCGGGACGGUGUCGGGGUUCGGAUCCAGUGGGACAAGCAGACCCGGCCAUCAUUCCUGAAUAGGUGGAACCCCUGGUCCACCAACGUGCCCUACGCCACCUUCAUAGAACACCCGAUGGCCGGGCUGGACGAGAAGACAGCCUCCCUGUGCCAGUUGGAGAGCUUCAGGAGUCUGCUGAUCCAGGCAGUCAAGAAAGCGCAGAGGGAGAGCCCGCUGCCGGGCCAGGAUGGCGGCGUGCUGGUCCUGGAGCGGCCGCUGCUCAUCGAGACCUACGUGGGCCUCAUGUCCUUCAUCAACAAUGAGGGCAAGCUUGGCUACUCCAUGACGCGGGGCAAGAUCGGCUUCUAGCCCUCCUGUCCCCACUCCUCUGGUGGCCUGGGUCCGAAUAGUCCACACUGGGAGGGAACUGUGUGUGUGUGUGU